GAAAGUAUUUGAUGCUCGUUCCUAAAGAGGAGUACGACAACACUUUUAUCUCUUUCCAAAAACUUGGGUUUAAGAACCCCCUUUGAAAACGAUUAUAGCAUAAUUCUGUCCUGUCGGAGGACCCGUAACUAUUUUAAUAAUAAGCAACAUGCGCAGAACAAGCGGAUGAGACAGCGUCUGGGCAAGGUAAAUAAAUGGAAGUUGCUAAGCAAGGCUUGCCGACGAUUUGCUGCUUUGACUACUAAGUUUUGGAGCCGCGUUUAAGGACUCCUAGACUGAAAGCCUUUUUGGUUUUUCUUCAUGGCAUAACCUGCCUUUUAUCACACCAGAGAUACAUUCCCUGUCAUGAGGAUUAAAAGGCAAAAUGGGGAUGUGCUGGUGCAUCUUGGACCCAAACAUCAAGCCUAUCCUGAGGAGUUAAUUCGGCAACGUCGUGGUCACAAUGGAUGUAGUGAGUACUUGAUCCGCUGGAACAUCCUUUGCUUGGAUAAUGAUGAAGAAAACAGUAUUGAAGCCUCUUCAGUUGAAGGUAAAAAACAGACAAUCUUGAUGUGGAUGUCGUCAGAGGAUAUAUAUGCCAACUGUCCAAUAUUACUAGGCAAGAGGAAGCCCAAGGAACAAGUGGUGGAACAGAAUGUAUCUAACUUAUUCCCUCCUGAAGACACUUUAGAUGAAGCCUCUCUUGCAGAGAUGAAAGCUGAUGUCAGGAACCUGGUGCAGCGAGCUUCCUGGCAACUAGCAAGCAUCCCUGUUCCACAGUCAUCCAUACUGAAUACCAUCCAUAUACUCAGCGCUUAUGCCAGUAUUGGCUCAUUGAUGGCCAUCUUCAAGGAGACCGGGGCCCUUACUCUUCUGAUGAAGAUGCUGUGUAAUGAGGAAAAGCAUAUCCGUUGUAGUGCUGGAAAGAUGCUGAGAGCUUUGGCUUGUCAUGAUGCAGGAAGCAGAGCCUUUGUUCUCCUGUCCCUGAGCCAGCAAGAUGGUAUUGAACAACACAUGGACUUUGAUAGUCGCUAUACCCUUCUUGAGCUGUUUGCAGAAACAACAUCCUCUGAAGAGCAUUGCAUAUCUUUUGAAGGAAUUCCUCUUCCUCAGAUUCCAGGAAAACUGCUGUUUUCUCUAGUAAAGCGUUAUCUAUGUGCUACCUCUUUCAUGGACAAACUCAACAACAUCACGGAGUGGGGAGAUGAACAGGAACAUUGCAUGCCCUCCAGUGCGGAUUCAAAGAGAAAGAAGAGAAUACAAUGUGAAUUUGACUUCAGCAUGGCUAUGGCCCACUUCAUUUCAGAGUUAAUCCAGGUUAUGGGAUGGAAUCAGAAUCAAGAGCUUCACUCACUCAGACAAAAGAAACGAUAUCAGUCAAUCUUCCAGCCCCAAAUUCCAGCCAUCCCAUCAGCUGCAGAAAUGCUCCAGAAAGAAAACUCUGCUUUCAAGUUGUGCUCAGCCUUUCCUAGUCGUAAGAGCUACGUGGAAUAUGUGCGAGAGACAUUGGUGCGUGGCAUGCAUGUGCGUAUGCUGGAAAAUUAUGAGAAAGUCUGUGCAGGAGAUGAAGGCGAGUUUCUUCAGAGCAAUAAUGGCACACCACCUGUCAAGGUUUAUUGGGAAUCUCUGGGCCGUACAUACUGGGUUCAUUGGCACAUGAUUGAGAUUGUUGGUUCAUCAAGAAAUGCAGAGCAGAAAGCCCAGGAAAAGGUAUCAACUCUUAGAGAGCUUCUGAGAGAAAACACAGUUAACCAGCCAAGAUAUUGCCAACCGCUCAAAGAAUUAUAUGCUUUACCAUGCCUUACGGAUCAUUUGAAUGAGGACUGUGGGACUCUAAGUCAAGCUGAAUGGUGGGAGCUACUUUUCUUCAUUAACAAGCUAGAAGUCCAUAAACAUCAAGAAGUUGUUCAUUUCAUCCAGCAGAAUCAGAAGCUAUCAAGACUAAAUGAAGAGGAUCUGAUCCAGAUGUGUGUUUCAGUAGAGUUGGCUCAGAAAAUACUGCAGCUCCUGAACAAGCAUUGUCAGGGCACCACUCAAAUUGAUCUGCAGAACUCCCAUGUCUAUUUCAAAUAUUUCUUUAGCAAGGGAGGUACAGAGCAGAACUGCCCAAACGCAGAAAUGCUCUCUGCAAAUUAUGGUGACCUUUCUGAAGCCCUGAAGUCCCAAAAAACAAAAGAAGAUACACUGCCUGAUAGAGUGUCUUCUCCAACUCCAUUUGCAGCAAAGGAAAGUGACAGACGGCUGAUUAACACAUUUCCCAAAAUAGAAGGGGUCUUCUUUCCAGACACAUUGGAUGAGAAAGUCAAAGCUUUCUGCAGUGUGAAGGCCAAAAAGGAAAGCACCCUGGAGCAGCUGCAGGAUGCCAUGGAGAUGAUCCAGAAGUCCAGCUGUGACAUUGAGCUGAAGCUGGCGGGUCUUAAAUUUAUCAUCACGAUUUUGGAGGAGGAAGAGGAAUCUGGGCAAGGGAGACAGAUUGCCACAGCAGAGAGUGAAUUUGCCAUUAGGGAGAGAAUUGUCAAGACACUGAUGGACCUGCUGAGCCACCAUGUAAAGGAAAACCUGCUUACAAUAUUGGGGUUCCAGGUGCUAUAUCUACUCAUGGCAGAAUAUGAUUGGCAGAUGCUCAUUGCAACCAAAGGGGGGCUGCAUUGUGUGCUGCACUGCAUGAAGGAGAACUCCACAUCUGUGCUGGUUCAGCAGGCCGGUCUAGCAGUACUGAAGAUGCUGUUGGAUGUGGAGAACUAUAAGUUACCAAGGGCCCGUGGGAAGCUCCAACCUGUUGACAGCUCAGGAUUCCAGACAAUGCAACAGGUCUUGGCCAGCAUUGAUUCUGCUUCCAGCAAGGACAUUGGCAACUUACUAUGUGUCAUCCCUGCUGCAGUUGAGAAGAUGUUGGGCACACCUGGAGCCUCAGAAGCAGUUCAGGAUGGGCUUCUGGUGCUCAGCAAGUUGAUUGAUUAUGAUAAGACCCUGGCACAGCAAGUAGAAAACUCUGACCUUCGUGGUGCCCUUUGGAACUUCUGUCACUUAGGCCAAAGCUCAGACCCAGUCAUGGCUCACAAAAUGCUCACCCGUCUGCCUGAACAUAAGCCACCACUGAACAAACAGGAUGCAGACUCUGCAGCCUUCUUUAAUCUUCAUGACAUGAAUAUCAGAAAGCUACUGAGUAGUCUGCAGACAAACAGUGUUUGGAAGGAGAUGGCAAUGGAGCUGCAAUGCUUCCUCUCUGACAAAGGUGCCUUUUUUGAGGAAACUAGCCAUGAGUUUCUGGUAAAUAUGCCAAUUCAGAAAGACUUGACAAAGCAGGAUUCUGAAAAAGAAAUACAACUGGGAAUGUUAAGGCUUUUGAACAAGUGUUUGGAUAGUUCAUGGAAGGAUGUAGUAUCCUGGCAUAAGUGCAUUGAGCCUUGCUUGUCUUCCAUAAACAGACACAUAAAUGAUCGAGAGAUUGUUCAAGAGUUCAUUAAAUUCUUAUACCGCCUGGCCUUCAUCAACAAAGACUGUGCUGUUGUAAUGUGCUCUUCUGGCAUUAGGGAAGCCUUGAGCAAAGUCUUAGAAAAACACAGCUCCGGCCUUUCUCAAGUGACAGAACUGAGGGAUCUCAUGAAUAACUGUGAGAAGCCUGCUAGCCUCUAUCAGAAGAUGACAGCCACCAUCCUGGCUGGUUGCAUCCAGAUGGUUCUAAAUCAGAUAGAAGAACACAGGCAUAGCCAUCAGCCUAUCAAUGUUCCAUUUUUUGAUGUAUUUCUGCAUUAUCUUUGUCAUGGCUGCAGCACUGAAGUAAAGGAAGACAAGUGUUGGGAGAAAAUAGAAGUCUCCUCCAAUUCUCAACAGGCCAACAAGUUAGUGGAUGGAAAUGUCAAAACCUACUGGGAGUCAAAUGGCACCACUGGAUCCCACUACAUCAAUGUUUACAUGCAUCAGGGUGUCAUAAUCCAGCAGAUGUCACUAUUGGUGGCCAGUGAGGAUUCAAGCUACAUGCCGGCCCGGAUUACAGUUAUGGCAGGAGAGAGCACUUCCAGCAUCAACACCAAGCUCAAUAUGGUAAAUGUCCCACCUUUAUCUACCAGAGUGAUCCUGUUGGAGAACAUGACUCGCUUCUGGCCUAUCAUACAGAUCAAGAUUAAGCGUUGCCAGCAGGGUGGCAUUGACACACGUGUGCGUGGCAUCGAAGUGAUGGGCCCCAAGCCUACCUUCUGGCCCAUCUUCAGGGAGCAGCUGUGCCAGCGCACACACCUCUUCUACGCUACCAAAGCACACACUUGGUGCCAAGAAAUUUCAGCAGACCAGAUGCAGUUGCUGCAACUUUUUAACAGGUUGAACAGGGCCUUGUGUCAUGAGGAACUGUUUGCCGAUCACUUCCUUCCUGAUGAUGAGGCUGCCCAGGUUCUAGGCAAGACCUGUUGGGAGGCCCUGAUCAGUCCCUUGGUGCAGAGAAUCACCUCUCCAGGCCCCAAUGGUACCAGCCCCCUGUCUUGGCUCCUAAGCCAAUACUUGGAAAACCUGGAGGCAGCCACAAGCCAGAACAUUUCCUUUAAUUCCCGUGUUCGGCGUCUGAGCCAUCUGCUGGUACAUGUAGACCCCAGUGACCCUGAGCCUGAAGAACUGAUGUCUCCUAUUCAAUGCAAUAGGAAGAAUACCAAGUAUAAGGAGUUCAGAUCAGCAAGUCUAAAGGUCACCAUGAAAAAAUCCACCAGUUUGAUAAGCAUCACACAGUGCUGGAAAGAUAUUGUGCAGCAGCAGGUGAAACAGUUCUUGAAGUCCUUUUGGCAGGCCCCUGACUUUGUGGAGCAAUACCAUAGGAUCUACCAGCACCUCCGUACUGCCAUGGAGGAGUUGUUUGGACAGAAGAUGUCCUUCUUGUUGGCCUUGCACGAUGGCUUCUCUGAAGGCUUGGUACAGCUGCCCUUCUCAUCAGCUGCCCAUGUGAGCGAGAAGUUCGCCCAAUACAUUGACCAAUGGAUCCGAGACAGCUGGAUAGACUCAACUAACACAGAAAAUGUGCAGCAUCUGCAAAAGAGCCUUGAGCCCAUCAGUUUCCUGGCAGAAUUGGAAUUGGCCAACAUUUUUGAACAUUUCUAUCGAUACUAUCUAGGAGAACGUCUUCUGUCUCUGGGCAAUACAUGGCUGGAGUCGGCCGUGGUAGAGCAAAUUGGACUCUGCUUCCCCAGUCGUUACCCUCAGCAGAUGCUGAAGAAUUUGAGUGAGCUGGAGCAGCAGCAGCAGGAGUUUCACCUUUUUCAGCUCCAGCAGCUUGACAAACAUUUUCUGGAAGUUGAUCAGGAAGGAAGAUUGAAAGAAGAGGGAGAGAUGAUGCAGGAGAAGUCAUUCUCACAGGAGGAAGAAGCAGAGGUGAAGGUAUUGCUCUUGUCUCCCUUCUGCUGGACCAUCCCUCCACUGUGCUUCCUGAAAGACCCUAUCAGUUUUUUUCCCUCGUCCCUCAGUCAGCACCUGAGCAAGUUUGCAGAUUUCUACAUCCAGAGUCAGAGCUGCUUUGGGUUGGAGCAUACAAAGCCACCACGCUUACAGUGGACUUGGUUGGGCCAUGCAGAGCUGGAUUACCAAGGCUGCAUCCUGCAGGUGUCCACCCUGCAAAUGUACAUUCUUCUGUGUUUCAACAGUGCUCAGGAAGUUUCUGUGGAGACGCUAUUAGAAGUCACAGGUCUCUCCCGUGUCUUCCUAGGUCAUGCCCUGAAACCCCUGAUAAAGGAGAAUGGGAUCCUCUCCCAGAGACAGAGUAUUUUAAGACUGAAUGAGGAGGUACUAAGUCAUGUGUCUGGUCAGAGCCUGUGCCUCUUGCCCAAACCGAUGUACCUGAAUGUGGAAGAAAAAGUAUGCCAUGCUGUGGAGGAAAAAAGGAACAUCAUCUGCUGUUGCCUCAACCAGAUCCUGAAGGAGGAGAAAGAGAUACAUAUCGACAGCCUGGUAUUCAAGGUAAUCGAUGCCUGCCACAAACAGAGGCGUGGAUCACCUUCAGACUUCUUGGGAAACGUCUGCAGCAGUGCGGAUGUCCUCUCUUGUAUCUUGAAUUUGCUAAAUCAGGGUUUUGUCCAGCGCCAGGAAAAUUUUCCACAACUUUUACAGUAUGUAUGUGUGGAUAUUCCAACCCCAGCAGUGCCAAAGAAUCAGCCUCAAGUAGUAUUUCAGACUGUGAAAAUCAAAAAAGUGCCCAGUAUGCCUUGUAUGGAGAAGAAACAGACAUUUUCUACAUUUAGGUAAAAUUCCUAUAUGUGUGUGUGACAAGCUCGGAAAGUAAGCCUAAAAGCUGUUCGUAUAAAGCAUUAGUAUGGCUGUAGGGAGUUUCUUGUGUUUUGUCCUUUCUACUGGUUUUCCACAUGUAGAACUGAAUGCUCCAACAUUAAAAGCUGGGAAGAAGAACUGAUCAAGUGUUGCACAGAGCAGUUUUCCAGUAGUAAGGUUUUUUUCCCUUCCUGAAAAGAACUGGCUCUGUUCUUCCACUGGCUGGCCGCAGUUGAGGGACAUGACUUCGGGAAUAAUUCAACACGUUUUUUUCUCUACAGCUUGAGUAAGGUGGCUAGAUUCUAAAGCCAGACAGUUCAAACAUUUCCGCCGCCCCCCCAAUCGCCUGCCCACAUGUAUCUGCCUAUUUUCAGACUGUUGUGUUGCCACAGGAUGUAGUUGAAACUUCCUUCUCUUAUAUGAUGGAUGGUUGGUAUCCAUCAUUCCCUUUAUAGUCUUUAAUGCAUGAAUCUUGCCUUAAGGCAAUGAACUUUUUCUAUUUAUUUGCAGUCCUUGUCUACUUUACAAGUGUGUUUUUGUUGUCUAGGUUCAUUUACCUAGAAAAACCACUCUUCAGUAAAGAAUACAUUUUUUAGCAUUUCUAUUAUCACCUGGGUUUCUUAUUUAGACCCUUGCAUCCCUGUCCAAUAAUAGUUGAUAAAGAUUGGAUGAAAGGAAGUUUUAAAUACAAGUAAAAAUGAGGUGCCUGUUUCAUUUCCUUGACCUUGAAAUUAAGAAAAUUCUUCAUUUAAAAAAAUAUAUAUUUUAUUUGCAGCAUACAAUUUCAGAUGAUUUAUCUACUUGCAUUUUGCACAUUAUGAGCAAGUAGUUGCUUAUUUCACUAUGACAAUUAAUUGGUUGGGGGCUCUUUAUUGAUUUCCCCCCCCCCCCAUAGCGGUAGAUUGCUUGAGAUGUAAAAAUGAGAGAUGGAAGUUCCUGCUCAACAAUAUUUCCAUGGUUUAUGUUUUGAGCUGUCUAGCUAUCUAGUGCAGCUGCCUUCCACUUCAAUUCUUUUCUAUAUGUUAUCCAAAAUCUUGGAAGCACAUCAAUUGCCAGAUUCCAAAUAAAGACAAAAUUUGGCACUAUACAGAAUGUGGCUUUUUGAAUUACAGCCAGAAUUGUGCAUGAUUUAGCAUAAACUAGUGGUUCUGGCUCACAAGCCCAACAACUCACUUCCACCUUCAAUAAAUGAAAAACAACAAAUAGGAUCUGCUUUACUUUGUAUGCUCCAGGGAGCCUUUUUGCACAUAUUCCCUUUUUCCACAAUCUCAGAAUGGAAAGCGAAUUCUUUAGAUGGUAGAAGCACUGUAACUAUUUAACAUUUAUGAAAAGCAACUUUCAGCUGGUUGAUUAAUAUGGUUAAUUCUUGUGCGGCCAACAGACCCUUUUCAUUUUGUAUCUUCCCACUCAGUUGUACUUUUCUUGACAUUCUUCCUUCCUUUGCAAAUAGUUUUUAUCAAUAUGCAGUUCCACCAGAGAAUAGGAUCGGGCUAAGAGGAAGUCAAAAGGGACUACAAGUGAUUGAAUUGGAGAGUGUGAUGAUUUAGUGUAAAAGACUAAACCUCUGGCCUCUGUGACCAACCCAGAUUGGAUCCUGCAACAUUAUCCUGGGACACGUAUAUUUGCCUUCAUUUGUAGUGCAAAAUCCUGCAGGAUUUAAUUUUAAAAAGAAAAUACUGUAUAGGCUUUCCUUCAAAAGAGUUCCUACCUCCCUUGCCACACAAAUUGUAUUCUGUGCAAGGGUUGAAAUUUAAAUGCCAGAUAUGUGUUUUAUUACCUUAUGUUUUUUUUACAUCAAUAUUGAUAGUGAUAGCAGGAAUAGGCUGCAUUUUUCUCCAAGGAGGACUGCAUUCAUUUGGCAACAGAACCGUAACCUGUGCAGGCAAAGUGCAAUCAAAAGAUUGGAACAUCCUGCUCCAUCCUUCUUUCUUCUCUUUCUUUUUCUCUCCUCCCUGCCCAGAGAGACAGACUGCUAUCCCAACAGUUUGAUGACAGUCAAUUAUGAAAGGAGGCUUAUGUAUCUCCAUAGUCACAGAUUGUCCACAAUUGAUGAAAUGAUUUCAUUACACUUUUCACUAUUGUGCAGAACUUAGAACUAUUAUUAUUCAUGAAAGUUAUAUGCUGACUCCCAAUGAUGUGCAAUGAUUUUAUAGAUCUACAAGUCUGAGUCCACUGAGCUUCAUAAAAAGGCUUUGUCCAUUCAAAAUUUGCUGUUGAAUUGUAAUUUUAAAGGUAGAGAAUAUUCAUUAAAACAUGGGAAGUGGCCACGUUAAUUGUAAUUCUUAUCCUGAUCUUGCCAUGUCUUGGCAUAUAGUUCAAGACUAAAUACCCUCCAAAAGAUUAUGUCAUCUUGGUUCAUAAACAAGCAGACAAGGAAAUAUAAUGCGGUAAAUAUAGUCAUUCACUUCUGUCAAGAGCUGCUAGGAUAAUUGGCCAUAUUUUUACUGUGUUCCCAGUCAAAGAAUAGGGAUGCCUACAUAGACACAGUAGGUGGAUAGAGAGUUGCUUAACUGCACACAAAAGACCUAAAGCUGCCAGUUGAAUUGUGCUGUUUUCUUCUGGUUGAUAAACACCCCCCCCCUUUUCAUGUCUGUUUCUUAAAUUCUCCAUACUUUUUAAAACUGUAUUGUGGGGGGCAGAGGAGCCUCAAGUAUUCAAGCAAAUCCAAAACUAAGCGCCUCUUACUUUGUGAAAUCCUUUGACUGAUGCCCUGUGCCUCUAAAUCACAAAGAACAACAAGAUGCAAUUCCAAACAGAAUAAAAUCAAGUUGAUACUCUCA